UUGUCAGGAAGAAAGAGCUGCUGUGUUGAGGCCGAAAACUCAGACACACAAGCAGGACCUGGGUGAUACCGGACUUACCCCCGUGGAAGGGAUAUAUCUCUGCUCCACCGGACAGUAGGAAGUGGUUUUAACUGACCGGCGGAGCUCCGACCGAGUCCCCGGGCUUCAGCUACGGAGGCCGCCGCGGGUCCGCUGCUCCCCGCCGCCUGUGUGUCGCUGCCUGCUGCUCACAGUCAUCCAGACCCUGGUAAUGAUAUUGAAAGGAGACACAACAGACACCACAAAACCUGUGUGAGAUUUGAGUGUGAGGAAGGCGAAGGGCUCAGCUGUUGCUGCCGGUAGCCAUGGCUAACAGCUGAGGCUGCUGCCCGGUAAACAUCCCGCUACAGACCCAACUACAAGAACAACUCAGCGGCGGAACAUUGUCUUAUUUUGCGCAAGAACUGUCACCUGCACUCUCGUUUUGAAGAAGCGAUGUAUUCCUGGGGAUUUAUUUGAUUAAGGACAUCUAAAAGUAUCUGCAUCAGUGCCAUGAAUCAGCCUGGACAACAGCUGCUCCCCACAUAGAGGUCACUUCACCUCUCUUUCCAUUUGCUUUGGUCUAGAGGAUGCUGGGAAUGUGUCGUGGGCGCAGGAAGUUCCUGGCGGCUUCUCUUGCCUUGUUCUUCAUCCCAGCACUCACCUGGCUUUACCUGUCAGUCGGGAGCUUUCAAGUGAAGCCCCUCCCUUUGUCUCCAUUGGAAGCCCAAUCAUCGACGACGGUGGGCGGAGCCGUUGAUCGGCAUGCCUUAGAGCUGCGUGUCCGUGCCGUGGAGGAGGAGAAUCGGGCGCUGCGCCGGGAGCUCAGCCGCCCCCCCAGGAGCCCGUCUGCACGCCUCCAGAACGCUGGUCACCGUGGCAACCAGAGCAGAACCCAUUCAGAGGAGGGCACCGGCGAAAAUGAGGGGCAGAAAGCUGGUACAGCGGGAAACAACUCCGACUGUGUGCAGCAGCCAGUGGUGGAUAAGUGCGAGACGAUACAUGUGGCCAUCGUGUGUGCAGGUUACAACGCCAGUCGAGAUGUGGUGACGUUGGUUAAAUCCGUCCUUUUCCACAGGCGGAACCCACUACAUUUCCAUUUCAUCACAGACUCCAUAGCUCAGCAGAUCCUGUCCUCUCUGUUCCACACCUGGAUGGUCCCUGCCGUUAGCGUCGACUUCUACGAUGCAGAUGAGCUAAAGUCUGAGGUGUCGUGGAUCCCCAACAAGCAUUACUCUGGGAUCUACGGCCUGAUGAAGCUGGUGCUCACUAAGACGCUGCCGUCCGACCUGCAGAGGGUCAUCGUCCUGGAUACGGACAUCACAUUCGCAACCGACAUUGCCGAGCUCUGGGCCGUCUUUCACAAGUUCAAAGGUCAGCAGGUUCUGGGUCUGGUGGAGAACCAGAGUGACUGGUACCUGGGGAACCUCUGGAAGAACCACCGGCCGUGGCCAGCUCUGGGCCGGGGCUUCAACACUGGGGUGAUUUUGCUUCUGCUGGAUCGUCUGAGGAAGCUGAGAUGGGAGCAGAUGUGGAGGCUGACUGCAGAGAGGGAACUAAUGAGCAUGCUGUCCACCUCCCUGGCAGACCAGGACAUCUUCAACGCUGUGAUCAAACAGAACCCGUUCCUGGUGCACCAGCUGCCCUGCUUCUGGAACGUCCAGCUGUCCGACCACACCCGCUCCGAGAAGUGCUACAAAGACGUGUCGGACCUCAAGGUGAUCCAUUGGAAUUCCCCCAAAAAGCUGCGAGUAAAGAACAAGCACGUGGAGUUUUUCCGGAAUCUCUACCUCACCUUUCUGGAGUACGAUGGCAACCUGCUGCGGCGGGAGCUAUUUGGCUGUCCCAGUGAAACAGACCACAACAGCGAGAACCUUCAGAAGACUCUGUCAGAGCUGGACGAAGAUGACCCUUGCUACGAGUUUCGUCGAGAGCGAUUCACCGUCCACCGAACGCACCUCUACUUCCUCCACUACGAGCACGAGCCCAGCCCCGACAACACCGACGUCACUCUGGUCGCCCAGCUCUCGAUGGACAGGUACUUUUGGUUGCAGAUGCUGGAGGCCAUCUGUAAGCACUGGGAGGGGCCCAUCAGCCUGGCCCUCUACCUGUCGGACGCUGAGGCCCAGCAGUUCCUGCGCUACGCUCAGGGCUCCGAGGUGCUGAUGAGCCGCGGGAAUGUGGGGUACCACAUCGUCUACAAGGAGGGACAGUUCUAUCCGGUCAACCUGCUGCGUAACGUGGCCAUGCGGCAUGUCAACACGCCUUACAUGUUCCUGUCAGAUAUCGACUUCCUGCCCAUGUACGGCCUGUACGAGUACCUCAGGAAGUCAGUAGUGCAGCUUGACAUGGCCAACGCCAAGAAAGCUCUGGUGGUUCCCGCCUUUGAGACGCUGCGAUAUCGUCUGUCUUACCCAAAGUCCAAGGCUGAGCUGCUCUCUCAGCUGGACAUGGGCACUCUCUUCACCUUCAGGUACCAUGUGUGGACUAAAGGCCACGCACCAACCAACUUUGCCAAAUGGCGGACAGCCACCACGCCCUACAGAGUGCAGUGGGAGUCGGACUUUGAGCCGUACGUCAUGGUGAGGAGGGACAGCCCGGAGUACGACCGCCGCUUCGUCGGCUUCGGCUGGAACAAGGUGGCUCACAUCAUGGAGCUGGACGCACAGGAGUAUGAGUUUGUGGUUCUGCCCAACGCCUACAUGAUCCACAUGCCUCACGCGCCCAGCUUCGACAUCACCAAGUUCCGCUCCAACAAGCAGUACCGGGUCUGCCUGAAGACCCUGAAGGAGGAGUUCCAGCAGAACAUGUCACGGCGCUACGGCUUCGCUGCCCUCAAAUACAUGACGGCUGAGAACAACAGCUAGCCACCACUGCAGACCCUCACCCCCCCGGGCCUGAACUAUUGACACAUGGGCUGGGGGGGGGUGGGUUACUUUGAGACUUCCCUCAGACUUUGUUCGAAUGUUUGACCCUCAGUGUGGGACUGCAUGGGUCUUUAUGUUCUCUCUUUGUCCUGUGGAUGGAAGGAGGGGAUUCACUUCUGCCAGGAUGGAGAUGACGGGGGUCCGACUGUGUGAGCCAUGGCCCUUAAAUCUGACAGACAGGAACAUUCGAUGCCUUGUCAUAUUUGUAAGGCCAGUGACAGAGUUGUUGGCUGUGUGUAACAUUAUGUAAGCGUGUGUGCAAAUGUGAGUGUGUGUACCAUGCAGGUAGAUGUUUCUGCAGGAGAGUGCUUAGCGAAAAGCUUAAGGAGAGAUGAUGAAGUGAAGCAUUGUGGGCUUACAAUCUGUGCGCACGCCUUUCAAGUGCCAACAAAAAGCAGCAGCUGUCUGACUGACAGCAAACCCCCGACUCAAAUGCAAAUCGUCACCAGGCGGCGAGAUAAGACAAAGCGUUUCCGUGUCCACAUAGAUUUUGAAAAUCUCAUUGUGACGAGUGACACACACUCCGAUAUCGAGGCGAGCAGCCAGCCGCUGCUUAAUUUGUUUCCUAGCUGAUGCAUAUCAGAAUAAAUCCUUCUCCUCGUAUGACAACGGAAGUUAAGUGCAGAGCUGGAGGUUGAUAUUCAGGGUGUCUCCACAUCAGCGAGUUGCUACAGAAUGUUUCCCCGUGUUCAUUUACGAUACACAAUCUGACAGCAGCCGGUCGGCGUGGGUUUCUUUUUUAUUUGUGGAUUUUAAAUGGAUGUCGGUGCGGUCUGCACAAACACCUGCUGGAAGGCCUGUCCGUUUGUGACUCCCCAACACACACAGUAUUCAUUUUUUACUUUUCUUUCCAACCAUCAGUGUUAUUUAUCAGUGUGUUUACAGUCCUGACGGGUGGAGCAGGAGGCGUUAUUGUCUCCUGAUCUGAAAGGAAAUUUGAAAACUGAAAAAAAGCUAUUUUUCUCUCACUCUUUCUUUCUCACUCUGGCCUCUAGUUUGACGACAUUAUCGUGGCGCCCAGUAACGCUGCAGUGGUGUGUGUUGUCACACACCAUCAGGCUAGGUGUGGUGAUCCUGAUUUGUUGUGGAUAUUCUGUUCAGCUGUUACAACCAAGAAAAUCAUAUCUCUCCCAGAUAAUGAAGACAGACAUUCACUGUAGCAUUAUACUCAUUAUAUAUGAUAAACAUAUCAUAACACUGGUCUUGGGUACAUGCAUUAAGACGCAUGUUACUAUAUGAUAAGGUCAAUUGAAACUAAAGUUUGAAUAGACUACAGAUAAUCGAGAAAUAUGACCUCAAAGAAUGUAAACUAGGUUAAUAUCAGUGAUAUUAAAUAUAAUGAUAUGGAGGUUAAAAAGGGAUUGAAAAUCACAAAACGGUUGCAAUAUGUCCCGGUUUUCCAAGAUACAUUUAAAUCAGAACUGUUUACUCCAAUCCACAGGGUGGUGCUAAUCAGACCCGGCGCCAGAACAAAUGUACAGAGAGGGCAUAUGAUUUUCAUGGGAGGGCACACAAAACCGCCAUGUGCCGCGGCCAGUGUCGACGCCAGAGAUUUUCUUUUGGGGGUGCUGUGGGGUAGCUUGACGUUUCAUAGAGGGUGCUCAAACAUGUAGGGUUUCCCAUUAAUGUAGCUAUGGGCUACAGUGGAAUGUUCUACUGCAACACUCCCCACACGCACACACACAGAGCACACCUGCAACUGUUACAAUGAAGGCUCGAUAAUCAGCUCACGGCAUAUAGGUGUAAGCUGGAGUAAAGUGCUACUUUCUUUUAAGUGGGGGGCGGACCUAACCUCCUCUAGGGGGGUCCGGGGGCAUGCUCUCCCGGGAAGAUUUGUUUUUUAUAUUGAAGUUAAAAGCAUCAAUCUGGUGCACUUUGAGAGCAAAAUGGAUACAUCUCUCAACACCCAUAUGAAACAGAACUGUAAACAGAUUUACUUUUUCUUUAUGAAUAUUUUACAAAUCACUCCCCUUUUAAAUUGUAUUCUUGUUUUACUGUCAUAGAAUUUCAUACCUGUUUUUCAUUUAUUACUCUUAUAUUACUAUCUGACAUCACAUACAUCGUAGCAUUAAAGUUCACAAUUUAUUUAUAAUUAGAUACAUUUUAAUUAUUUUUAUAAAUAAUAAAAAACGUGUUUAUUGGGGGAGGGCAGGAAUGUCAUGUCCCUCCCACGGCGCUGGGUCUGGUGCUAAUACACAUGAAGCUCUAUUGAAACACCAGAAGAAGAAGAGAAACGUCUGAAGUUUAGUUACACCAAACAUAUUAGUCAUUAUUAAACACUAACUCCUUAAUGAAUUGCAUUUAUGGACAACGAUCAAGAGUUACGUUGUAUACCCUGUACGGGCUCUCUCACACUUUACCACACAGAUCAUUAUUUAGUUAAACUGAUCAGGGAUCAGAUAACCACUGCAACAGGUCACUGUCUAUAACCAUGUGUGUAGACAUCGCUGGAGCUGGUUCCUUCCUUUCACUUUCAUGUGAUUGGAGGAAAACUGAUCAUUUAAAUGUGACCUCAGCUGCCAUUCUCACUGAGAGUAAAUAAAUAAGUAAUGAACGUAGACGGACAGUAGAGUAUUUACUAUUUACACCUUUUCAAAAAAGGACUAUAUGCGUCUCAAAAAGGUAUUCACUUCAGUCACGCAUCUCCUGCCACCAUCUCAGGCUCGAUACAUAAAUUCAAUAAAAGAAGAAAAUCACACAGAUGAUGUAAUACAAAGGAACUAUGAGGAUUACCCUGUGGAUUUUAACGAUUGUUUUGUCAAAGUGCUAUUUCCAAGGUCUAGAAUAAGCUCUUAUUCUCAGCAGGAGCUUGCAUGUCGACAACAUAAUGUGUGUUGUGAUGGAAAAAGUGGACUUUGAGUUGGAAUUUUAUUUUCUAUUUUACUACAGGUUAAGGCAAUUGGUUGUUUAUUCCAGCUGCUGGGAAAUUGUAGUACGUUUAAUACAAUACUUGAGAAACACACAUAUUUGUCGGAGACAUUUCCUUAUUUUUAAGAUUGUACCAUCGUUAAACUAGAGGCCUGUUUUUCUCUCCGUCUGUCUCUGUGCAGUCCUCUGUGUGUGUGUGUGUGUGUGUGUGUGUGUGUGUGUGUGUGUGUGUGUGUGUGUGUGUGUGUGUGUGUGUGUGUGUGUGUGUGUGUGUGUGUGUGUGUGGUGUGUGUGUGUGUGUGGCUUUGCAGGGCUGGGAGGAACUGCAUUGUUUAAAGUAGGACAGUGCUGACUGAUGCUGCUCCCUGAAUAAAAAGUAAAGAGUCAAACGUU